AUGCGUGAAGGGCGACGCAAUUCGUCAGUGUCGGUUGGUGAUUGGGUGAAGUGGUCCGGUCGAGAUGAGUUGGCGGGUUGUCGUGGGACUUCCCUCGACCACUUGUCCACAGAGUGGAUCCUCUCGGCGCCCAGACUCGGACUCUCGUCUCGCCCGGCUUCCAGUCUCUGCCGGCGUUGCGAGUUCGAGUCCCGUCGUGAAUCAGCUACAGACCAAUUGUCCGUCGGCAAGGUUGGCUCUUGUCAGCCGGAAAAAAGGGGCUCAAACCCGGUUUUAUGA